UUCCGGCCCUCCCUCCUGGACGCUUCGCUGAACUCCCCUCUUCUCCUGUCCCAAUGGUACCGCCCGCGUUGCAGGAAGCGGGGCCCUGCGAGACGCCGGGCGAGACCAUUAUCGCGGACGGGGGUGUUUUUCUCUUGGCUCUGAAUCUGCGUCCUUCAAAAUGGCCCGCCGCGCGCCGAAGCUGGUGCUGCUCUUCAGCGGGAAGAGGAAGUCCGGGAAGGACUUCGUGGCCGAGGAGAUCCAGAGCCGGCUGGGUCCCGAUGUUUGCACUAUCCUCCGUUUGUCAGGGCCUCUUAAAGAGCAAUAUGCCAAGGAGCAUGGCCUGGACUUCCAGCGUCUUUUGGAUGCCAGCGACUACAAAGAGAUGUAUCGACAGGACAUGAUCUGCUGGGGAGAAGAAAGGCGCCAGACUGACCCCGGUUUCUUCUGCCGCAUUGUGGUUGAGGGUGCCACCCAGCCCAUUUGGUUAGUUAGCGAUACAAGGCGCGUCUCGGAUGUGGAAUGGUUUCGGGAUGUCUACGGAGACUUAGUGCAGUUGGUGCGCGUCAUAGCCACAGAAGAGACCCGGAAGAGACGGGAUUGGGUAUUCGUUGUAGGAAUCGACGAUGCGGAAUCCGAAUGCGGCUUGGACCAAGGCGUGCACUUUGAUUGGGUCAUCACCAACAAUGGAGACCAGCUCUCCCUAGAGGCCCAACUGGAGAAGCUGGUCCAGUUUGCUGAAAGCAAACUGUAGCAAUACUGGGACCCGGCAUCUACCAUUUCCCCCCUUCCCCAUUCCUUUGGGGGUCUGGACUGAAACACCAAAGAUUGAAUCUGGAGGAGGCCAAGAGGUAAUGUUGUGGCUGCUGGGCUGGAUUUGGAAGCCUCUCAGGAAAAGUGUAAUUGAGCCUGUCGUUAUUUCAGGGCUGUGGGGUUGACGAUUCCAUUCCAGGGAAUGCCAUGAUCCAGUGCCAGUUUUUCCCUUCCCACAAUUCCAUUCCAGAGGGGACGGUUGUAUCCGCCCUCACCCUGCUACCCACUUGUGUUACGUGUACCUUUGGAAGGGAUUUUCCAUCAAGUCCUUAUGGGACAGUGGCAUCACUUCUGUUCAGCAUUGGGAACAACUGUGCGAGGAAGAUAGGAGUCUUUGUUUUCCCGUUCUAUUUCGGGUCUUGGUCCCCACCCCACCUCUUUCUGCUCCGGACUGUUCUGUGGUUGCCAUUCAGAUUUUUACAGCUUCUUGUCACCAGAGGGCAGGAUGACCUCAGUGGUAAUGCUUCACAGCUCUUGCUUCCUAAUAUAUCUUAUCUUCUGAUUGCACCUAGCAUUGGGCCUGCAGCUUGUCUUCUACUGCAGGAAGCAUCCACCCUGUUCUGACUCUCUGAAGAGCCCCAAUCUGGGUGAGAAACGCAUGCUAUUUGGGGUGCGUGUGGCGUAUCCUAGCCUUGCUUGUCACUCCAUCUGAAUUUGGGCUGGUUUUUCUUUUCUCUGAAGGGAACGUUUCAAAACCUACUUUAUCCUUCUCUGUUAUGAACCCACUGACUAUUUUCUUAAGUUGUUGGUGGUGGGAAAUCGUUGUGCCUUAUUCUUAAGAGCUAUCCAUAUAUGAUCUGGCCCCAUUCUUCUUUCCUGCUCUGCUUUCUGGAAAUCGUUGCUGAACCAAUAGUUUGGAUUUAAGACCACCAACUUUUUUUUACCUGAUUAAGGCUCCUGGGUCAUUCCCUGGCUCUGCAGUGAGGUAGAGGAGGGACAUAUUCAGCAGCUGUGGUAAGCUGCUGGGGAGUUGAACACACAGUUUUUCUCCCUGGAGCUCUACUGUUAUGAAAUAUCCCUUGGUGGCAUAUUUGGCAAUCUCAGAAAGGCAUAGGAGGUUCAGUGACAAAGCAGAGCUAUCAGCUUCAACAAAAUGGAGUCUAAACAAGACAUUCCAAGGCCAGUAUUGGUGGAUGAAGGAAGCCAGAAAUAUGGUUAAACCAUAGUGUGGGAAAGUUGGAUUUUUUGGACUAUUAGUUUGAAUUGCACCCAUGUGUACGUCAUGUUUGGCGGGGUGGUGGCAAGGGGGUGAAGGGUGGUAGAUGCUGACUAUCACACUGCAGUCCUCACCCACUCACUUACAGGGUGUCCAACAUUUUCUCAAGAAUGUCUCCAUAGAGGGUCAGGCUCCAUCUCUGAUUCCUUCUUGUCUGCCUUUCUGCCUGCCCUACACAACAGUUUCUGAAGCCCUCGGAAUGUCUGCGGCUGUGUAAUGCCCUGCUAAUGCCACUUGCUGCUCAACCCAGUGCCCUCCUCUUCCCUCUUUCCAUUGGAAGAGACUCAGAUUGUUGUGCUCACAAUAAAGCUUUCUAUUGUUUACA